AUCAAAUUUCAAUUCAAUCAAAAUAACCUAAAUUUUAUAAUGCAUAUUUUACAAUAGCAAUAAAAUAAAAUUACAAAUUCAAAUAAAAACUUAUAACAAAAAUGUCCCGGGAAGAUUAUUUAUACACUCAAAUGAUUAUACCUGUAUCAAAAGAGACUUAUUUCAAUAUCAAGGAAGCUAAGAGAACUGCUAAACUAUGCGCAUAUGAUAUGUUAUACCAUCCACCUGACUACAACCCGAAAUCCGCAAGAUCAGAUCGACAGGAACCGAAAAUUAUUAGAAAAAAUAUUUGGGAUCAAGAAUAUCCUAAAGGGAUAGCUUCAACAACUUACUUUCAACUCGGACGUCCGAAAUGGAAGCCAAUAGAUAUACCAACAAAACAAUUUGUUAGAAUUCAAGCGAAAAACGAAAAUCCCCAUAUGCGUAUUUACAAUAUUUUGGAAUGGGCAACACUUAUAAAUGAAGGGAAACCAAGCUUAUGCGAUUAAAAAUAAAUCUUAAUAAAACUAUAUACAAAUAUAA